CUAAGAUCCAUCAAGCGACAGCCGCUCUGGAACGUGAAGGAAGGUCUGUAUGUGCAGCAACGGAUGGUUCAACUGCUUCUCGGCAGCUGCUAGCAGCGAGAGACCCCAUCAGAAACUGGUCUGCCAAGCAAGCGACCACGUCACAAACAUGCGGGACCAGUAACCAACGAUGCAAGCCACAAACCGUCAGUUGAAACAUUCCAGCCGCACGACCUAGUCGGACAUUUAGCGAGAACCGAAGUAAAUCGGCGUGGAUCUAUUUAUUGUGAAAUAUAAUCGGUGCUACUGUAGUAUAAGGUGUGUGUCUUUCGUAAUGUGUAAUUAGUUAUUGCCUGCAACGAGAAAUUUAUGUUAUAUAAUACAACUUGCAUACCUUCCAGUUCAGUAAUAUACUUAAGUGAAGCCGUCAGUGAUAGAGCACCAUAAUAGUCGCACUGUUGUACUAUCAGAAGUGCUGCAGCUUGUGACCUUUUUAAAUUGACGUGUCGAGUGUCUCUGUUUACAGUGCGUUCACCUGCAUUAUCGUGGGCACAGAGUUUAAUGAUCAGUCUUCAACGGUCAGCAGUUUAGCGGUGCUAGGAAUAGCACUGCCAGUUCAUGGCGGUACAUUGCAGCCAGUAUUCUUGUUCCAGUAGUACACUACGUAGCUAUACAAACGCGACGGUUUUGCAAGGAUUCUACACUUGAUUUUAAUAUUCAGGUUUUUUUAUUUACCAGAAUGCUUUGUCAAUAAACAUGUGCUUCACUGCCCAUCCAAAAUGUAGUGGUUUAACGUACUUCCAAAGCAAUCACAACGCCCGCUUUUUAAAAUAAUCGGAGAUAUUUACAGCACUGCCUAGAACAGUAUGACUAACAUAAACAUUGCGAAGUUUCAUUACAUAAUUUCGGAUAAUAGAUGUUAGUGGCUUUCAUGCUAAUUUGUUUUUUGUGUCUGAAGUGGUCAUAACGGUGUUUCCUUACAUACCUUGCGCCAGAAUUUCCAUCUGCUUGUAUUGCAUUUUAAGAGUGAGAUUACCAGUUUCUACAGUGUCACGUUACAUCUGUCUAGUGGCAGUUGCAUGAAGUGCGUGUGUGUUUGCAUGGACGUGGUAAGUGCUCCGCCAUGGGCCGACUCGGCGGCUCGAACAAAAGUUCUUCGACCAGUGCGGCCCGACCUCUGUUCCGGGUCCACUACCGCAAGCUCGUGGACGACUGCGGGGAGAGCAAGGAUUCGCUCAGUUUCGUGCCCCCCUUGCCGGACUAUUUGUCCUACUGCUGCUGUCAGUGUGGCCACACGCAGAAACUCAAGGCGGAAGAGCUGAAUUCGAUUGUCGGAAAUGCAUUCCGAAUGGCGUACGCCGCACAACUGCAGCGACAGCCGACGUUUCAGGAUGUAAUUGCGUCCCAGUUACAGGACAAGACCACACCUGUUGAGAACAACAAUACUCGCAUCAACUGGACAAAGCAAGUGAAAGGUGGAGGACAGUCAUCCCCUCGACCAUCAGACAACACUGACACCACAACAGCAACCAUGAAUGUGCAGUUGAGUGCAGGGCCUCGACAUCCAGAAUCACCAACGUUGCGGCUAGCAGGCAUCAAGGUGCCUGUCGUCGCUCCUCCUAGUUCCAUCCCAGGACUCCGUUCUCUCCACAGCUUCAAUAGUGUGUCAGCAGCCACCAUUGGAACAAGUCUGGCACCAUCUGAAGACGACCAGAAAAAUGUGCUUCUGACUCAGUCACAACAGAGCACCCCUAGCAGUGAUGAAAGUAACUCUCCCACAGAACUGAACUCAUAUAAACGUCUCACUGACAAGCCACCAUUAAUUAAGCGACUGGCUAUGGGUUUGUCAGGAGGUAAUGGGUCAAUAUUAGGAGGGGGUGGAGAUGAUAGCUGCCCUCUUGUGAUGAGCAGCGGGAGCCCUACAACCCCCAGUAAUCGUCCCUUGUCAGGUGGUUAUGUGAAUGAAGCUAUUACAGAGUCUGACACAUCAAGAAACUCUGCAAAACCGUUAAGUGGAGGUGAUCUACUUGACAACAACCGUGAAAUCCAGACCAAACAUAUAGAAAUCGACAAUAACAGGUUGAGUCAAAGUUCUCCUGCUUCCACUGACCAGGAUUUCAAAUCGAAGCGAAUCUCACAGAUCAGUUCCUGCAGUUCAGGGUCCUGUCCACUGCAGCCACCAGCAGAUGGCAGUACUCAUGUUUCCACCCCCACACCUCCUCCUUUGCCAGAGCGCACUGAUAGCCUUAAUAAUCGGACUGAAGAAGGUGAACUCCGGGCAGCACCUUGGUUCCAGGCUGGAAUACCACGUGAAAUCACCCUGGAGGUUCUUGGCCAGGAACCAGUUGGAGCCUUUAUGGUUCGUGAGUCCACGAGCAAGCCUGGGUGUUAUGCUUUAUCACUAAGGGUUCCUAGAGAUUUCCAGCCCUCAGGAAUAGCACACUACCUCAUCAUGAGGACAAAUAAAGGCUACAAGAUCAAGGGAUUCACAAAGGAAUUUUCUACACUCACAGCGCUUAUCACACACCACUCAGUGAUGCCAGAAUUGCUACCCUGCCCUCUCUCCUUGAGUCGCUAUAAUCCUAGUUUUGCCAAAUCAGACUCCAGUCGAGAUUUUGCUGAUAUUGACUCAGAUCCUGAUUACAACACAUUAGCAGACUUCAGGAAAAUGAUGGCUGACCUUAAUGUGUAACUAUACCAGAACUGGAGACACAUUGUCUAAUCUUCUGUGAAAGUAUCUUGUACAAUGUGAAGUGAGUACAGCAAGAUGUUACAGCCUAGUGGAUGACCUCAUAUGUAGUUAAUUUCUGAGGCUGUAUAAUAUAUUAUGCUAACAGACCUUCAGAUGGCAGUGAUCAGCUUUUGAAUUUUCAUUGUCAUUGUGCCAUAAACUAAACAGUUUUCUACGUGCAGAUACUCUCUAUGUUACUGUUAUAUUCUCUUGCUCCAUAUAUGUCCAAUGAAAAUCUACAAGAUGACUCAGUGGCACGUGCUCUAUGCUGCUUGUCCUUUUUACUAUAAUUAUUUUGUUACUCAAAAUAGACAAAAUGAAAGUAAUUUGUUUAAGAUAUGACAUUGCUCAAACUGCAAAGCAUUUGGGCAACCAUUCUGACAGCAGACAGAUAGUGUGAUGUACAUCUGAACUUUUUAAUGACGUUGAGCAUGGCUACAAAUCUAUUCAAAUAAAUAUCAAUAUUUAUAUGAAUAUUAAAACUGGUCAACAUAAUAGUUUAUAAAGUAAGGCCAUUUUUUUUCCUUUAUGUUUUGUAUAAACUGACACAACUAGUGCUAUAGAAGGUUUUCUGUUCAGGGAGUUUCUUUUGUUUUUUCACGAGUUAAGUAUUUAUAUAAUAUAAGGAAUAAAUCUGUCAGUCAUCUUUUGCUUUAGAAUUAUAACAAGGCUGACUCUAGUCAGUAAGUAUAAGAAGUUUGAUUGGUAUUUUCUCAAAUGUUUCAUUGCAAGACUCUGCAUUGUGUCUGAACUCUUCUGAGUAUGAACAUUAUUUUAGGUAGACACACAAAGAUAUAGUUAUUAUCAUACAGACUGAAUUUAUAGAACUGGUAUUGAAUACCAAAUAUACUGUUAUUCAUGUAUGCAUGAAAAACGUCAGUCUAGUUUUAAAAUGACUGUAGGAUCUGUAACUAUAAAUGGCAUGGGACCAUUAGAAAUAAUUCAAGACAGUUGACAUUUUUAUAAUCAUUUAAAAAUACAGCAGUAUAAUAAUCUCACUAAAAUAUACAAUUUAGCCAGACGCCAUGUAUUUAAAUGUUACACUAAUUCACUGAGAACAAUAGUUACAAAUUUAUGCCCCACUCUGCACAAAUUAUCGAAGUUAUAAACUUGUAUGUGCACUACUUCUCUGCAGUCAUGACUUUAUGGCCACACUGCAUAUUUAAACAAAUACUGGCCUCACCCAGUUACCUUAUGGAAGCUCUUUUCUGGAGCAGGGAUGUUAAAAUUAUCAAGGUCACACGUCAAAACGUGGAAUAAAAGUUUCCACAUGCACGAACAUAAAUUUCGUUCUCAACCACAUGUUUAAACACAAAUUAACAUUUCAUUAGUAAUUUAUUUGCUAUUUUUCAUCAAAAUAUUCCGUUAGAGUAAACUUUGUUAUAUUCAUUGCUGGCUUUGUGUAAUAUAUGAAUGGCAUCUCAUUAUGAAUUUUGAAAUUCAGAGGAUGUUAUGGAAGUAAUAUGUUCUUCCAUAUUCUACUCCUGUACAAAACAAAAUACUUCCACUGACAGAGAUAGUAAACUUUGUCACCAAAAAUCAAGAAUUUUAACAAAUGCCACACACAAUGAAUAAACAAACCUAAGAAAAGUAAUAAGUUAAUAAGUUAAUAAUAAGUUAGAAGCACAUUAGUUAUUAAGGAUAUAUAUAAUUUAAAUAGACUAUUGACCAACAACUGUAAUGAAAGUAAUAUAUAUUUUGUUAGCAUACUGGUAAAAUAAAACCAAAUACUGAAAAAUGUAUUAAUUCUGAUAAUGAAUUCAUUUAAUGAAUGACACUGAUCAACAAUUCUCUUAUUGCCAUGAAUAGUUAUUCUGAAGAUAUAAAGUAAUUUUGUAAUUGUGAUACAAAAGUGCUGCCUCUUUCUAUGUAUAAUAUUGUAAUCAUUAAUUUAACUUGUCUCAUUCUGGUCUGUCACACUAUUAAUUACAGAGUAGAUAAUGAAAAGUCGCACUGGACUGAUCUUUUCAUUAUCUACAUUGUAAUCAUUGUUUUGUCUGGCUGGAACUUUUAUUCUGUUCAUUUUAAAAAUCUGAAAUUUGCCCUAAAAAUCUUCAGAUAUUCUGUUAUCUUUCAGCUAAUUCAGUUUUUAUUUUUUGCAUGUGUGGAACAAAAAUAUAUUAUACUUUGCAAAACUACCAUUACAAAUAAAAAGAUUUAUGGAUUAAAAUUUUGAAAUUCAUGACAUUUUACUGUUAAGGUUAUAUAUAAUCAUAUGAUUAUAUUUAUGUGUGAUUCAACACUUAGAAGAAUUAAAGAAUUUGUUAUCAGAAGAAUCAUAUAUGAUGUAAAAAUGAGCACUGAUAUGAAAGUUUUAUAAAUUUGUAAAAACAAUUUUUUCAGUCACUUGUAGUGAAAAAAUAUUACUGGAAGAUCCAUUGUCCUGUAUUUAUAAAUUUAUAACAUAAAAGUUCAUUGAAACUUGUGCAUGAAAAGUAAACCAAACCUAUAAUUAAACUAGAUUUUAUACAAACCACAUGUGAGGUACGAGGACUCUGUGAAUGUUAGCCAAGAAUAAGAAAUCCAUUAACUUUAAUAAUAUUAUCACAUGUUAGUGAGUAGACACUGGGUUUGGAUUGGUAAUUGGAUUUAUUGAACGUGCAGAUCAUCACAAUGCUGUCACUUGUUUACAUGUUUUAAGGAUCACUAGAGCACAUGCUAAGCCUAUGUCUGCCAUGCUUUCAUUGGUCAUUGCUUGGUUAUACUCUUCACUAGGCAUCAUUAGGUUACAGCUGCUAACCAUAGAGGUUCUUCAGCUUCUGUGCUCUCAUCAUUGCUGAAUGGCUGCUGGCUUGAACCUUACUCUCAACCGCAACUCUUGGCCUCCUAGCCAUUUCUGACACUCAGCUGCAACUCAUGACAUCUUAGCCAUGACUGCCCACUCACUGGCUUGUCCAGUUGUUCUUGUUAUAUAAAGUUGGCAGUGACCACAUAGAAAACACCAUUUCCUACAGGUCAUCUAUCACUGUGUGUUGACUCUCCAACAUUUCCUCUAUUGUUGCAUGUUGAUUCAUUGCUGCAAAGGCAUGUUUUGUUUGCUAUUGUCUAGCAAUGGCUGUCUCUUCUGGCUCUCUUGUCAUAAUAUUUUCUUUCUUUAGGAACAAGUGUAAUAUUGCACUUACACCUGAGAAAAUAUAAUAAUUGUUUUCUGUGCUGGAAUAUAUUUUGUCAGGUUUUAGACUAGAUAGUAUAUUAGUUCAUGUUAUUUUCAACUGGCAGCAUCUGAGAGAAAUUUAAUUGCUUGUAAUGUAUGAUAAGGAGGCAAUAUGGUAAAAUAUUUAAUAAUUGUAUUCAUUACAAUUGUUAAUUAAUGAUGGAUUAUAGAAUUCUGAUGUAACUUAGUCCCAAAUUUUGUCAAAUUUUGUUUGCCAAUAUGACUUUUAUAUCAGAAUGUUAUUGAUAUUUGCUUAUCCACUAAGUCAGAAACAUAAAUGCCUAGCCAUUAAUAUCUUUCCAGAUAUGUCAGCUAUUGUCAUAUUAAUUUUUCUGUCUGCAGCUGGUCUUUCCAGAAUCUUUAAAACCGUUGCACCUUUUUUUUUUUUUUUUUGUGGUUGUAUUUAAAUUGUCUUCAUUCAGAAAAGGAUAUCGUUUGUUAUGUGUCAAAUUUUUCGAACACAUGCACAGUAAAUAUUUAACAGUGCUGCAAAUGCAUGCAGAAGAUAAUGAAUAAUUUAUGUGGUAACAUUAAAAUAGAAUACAGUAGUCUGACUUGUGAAAUUGUUUGAGCGCACAGAUCAAUAAAGUCGAAAUAAACACUUGAGAAAAUGCUGUCAUUAUAUGCACACCUAAAGCAAAUGCUGAGACAAGUUUCAUGCCGUGACCAUAAAUUACAAUGCAGCCUUUAUGUAUUUGCUCGAUUGUAUCCAUUAGAGAUAAUUUUCCAUGAUUGGAGGGCAAAAAAAUUAGAGGUAUGGAUUUCAAUGAUGACAUUAUGAUUUUAAAUUUUUGUGUAAUGUAGAAUGAUUAAUUUUUUUACAAACAUAGAACUGUUGCAAGCAUCAUCUGUAUAACAAUUGAGUCAUUAGUGUGCAAUUUGUGAUAUGCUUUUAAUUUCUGUACAGAAUAUAGUAAAUGCACAGAGACAAUUGACCUUUAACAGUAAACAGGAUUAACAUAAAACAGAACUGAAUUUAUUAUAUAUGUUAACAUUUUUUAUGCUCAUUAAAGGUGAACGAAUGGAGCAGGUAGUCAUCUUUAUAUCAAGUGCCGACCUUAUGUCUGAGAAUCCUCAUGCAACUUCCAUAGUAGUUUAAUAACGUGACAAGCAAGUAGUGUUACGAAAGACUAUAUUUUUAAAGAUUAUGAGAAAUCAAACAUUAAUAUUGAUAUGUUGUGUAACAUUUCACUAACUCACAUAAAAUGCAGUAAAUGAGCAUGUGUUUUUGAUGUAGUGAUAAAAGUAACAAAGUUUGAAUAGUUAUUGCCUAUUAAUCAAAGUUUUCCAAAUAAUGUUUUGUGAACACUCUUAUUCAUAACCUUUAUUCCUCACGUGCUGAUGUUAAGAUAAAGUGGAAAUGAUAGUGAAUGUGGAUUGCAUUUGUAGUAUCAGUAAUAUAAAUACAAGUAAUUUACUCAUUGCAAACUAUGAAAGUUUUGUAUACAAAGAAAACAUCAGAUGCUUUUGGAAAAAAUAAUGGUUUGUUUAAUUAUUCAUUGUGACCUAGUCUUGUACAGGCAAAGAAAUUUAUUCUGAUUUUCUGUAAAUAGCCUAAAUGCUGCUUGCUUUAACUUUCCCUGAAUAUAGCCACAGAAAUCUGGUCUGCCACAUGCUUGGUCAACACCUUGAACAAUACUAUUGGCCUAAACAAAACUCUGUUUAAUAAAUUAUUAGAUCAUGAGUUAUGGUCAAAAGUAUGAAGGGAAUGCAGUACUGCAUGCUGAGUAUGAUGCUAGUCAUGGACCAUUUUUAAUUCUAAUCUUUUAGAUUGUUUCAAUAUGCAUCAUUACCAACUGAUUUACAGCACAGCCAGUGAAUCUGAAACCCCUGGAAAUAUCUGAAUUACAAAUGGAGAGUCUACUUCCAUGCUUGCUUUUGAGAAGAAUCUCAUCCCCUUCUGAUGUGCCACCCUCCUCUGUUCUACUGGCCAUCACCUUGCACUUUACACUCCCAUAGAAAGACAUUGUGAGCGUAAUUUUGCAGUAAAACCAUCCAAAGUAAACAUGAUCUGGCAACUCAACUUACCCUAGCAAUGCUGUUAUUUCUUGCCAGAGAAGGGUGGAGGAAAGAUUCCCCAAAUUGUGAAAAUGAAGGUAGUGCUCUGACCCCUGCCAUGGGAUUUAGAUCCUUUGGUUCCAUAAUAUGUACUUGCUAGUAAAGUCAGUGUCUAUAAUUGGGAGGCCUUUACAGAAUAUUUUCCCAACUUAAGAUGCAUAAACUGUUCUACACAUUUGUAACAGAACUGUUCUGCCAGUUAUGAAAUAUUUUGUAUUGUUAUGUUCAAUAAUUGUUACAUUGGCAUAAAACCAAUAUUAAGUGGAAAAGAGUCAAGUUAUACAUCUUAUUGCAAGUAAAGUGAUAUUUCAACUGUUUGUUUGAAGUAUCAGAUCUUGCAAAUAAAAGGCACAGAUAUUGAGAACAAACUUAUAUAUUGUCCUGUAUGAGGAAGAAUUUUGAUGUUACUUUCUGAAAAGUAUGCACAUAUUAUUACAAUUGUAAUGAUUAUCCCAGAUCAUCAUAAGUUUUAUGAGUUCUAGCUUCUAUGAUAUAAUGCUAUGUAUUCAUUAAAAUUCAACUUACAAUUUGGAGAGAUAUGUUGCCUCCAUCUUCAGGUCAAAGAAAAA